CGAUGGUCUCUUGCCAUGGAUCUAACGCUGUCAGAGAACCGAUUGUAUGUAUGUAAGGUACAUCGCUUGUUUUGCUCCCCUCGUUCGUAAAUCAGCUGAAUUUUGCAAAUGAUAAAAGAUCCUAUGUGGACUUAUUUAUAAUAUCCUCAUAUAUAUCAGACGAGCCAGUCUACCAGGCGGACACAGUUGACGACGGCUACAGCACAAAACUGUCUUUUAGGGAAAUCAAAGUUCACUAAGGUGGCUUAUCAUGUUUGUGAAUCGUACCUCGACAAAUCUAUGCAUUCAGCUAAAUCGUUGAACGCAUUUUAUUGGUGUCGCCCGCAGCGUCCACAUUAUUGUUGCAAGCAGCGCUCUCUCAGAAGAUGUCUAGGCGAGAAAUGCUAGUCAGACAUGAGUCCCAGGCAUCCUACAUUCCUAACUGGCUCGAGUGCCAUAGAAAACCAGUCACAAUGAUUCUGCGGUUGUACGCCAGCCUGAUCCUUCUCUGGGACUUUAGCGUUAUCCUGCUGUACUUUGCCAUGCAGCUACUACGGUCAGUCUAUCAAAUAGUUCGACCUCCGAAGCGCAAACCCGUAGCUGGCGAGAUUGUUGCGGUAUUCGGAGCAAGCAGAGGAGUUGGUCGUGACUUGGCGCUUCAAAUGGCGGAGCUGGGCGCCAAAGUGGCUUGUGUUGACAUCAACUCCUCCGAGAACGAUGUGCUGGUGAAGAGUAUUAACGGCAGCGGUUACAUCGCUCACGCUUUUGAAUGUGACCUUACGAACAAGAACGACAUCAUUCGCACAGUAAAUGCAAUCGAAAAGCAGUUCGGUCACAUCACCAUGUUCCUCCACUGCUGUGGAGUCCCUAGUCCGAGAUCUCUGAUCACCGAACCACCACCAAUUCAAGCCACUCUAAAUCUGAGUGUCGUCUCGCACUUCUGGCUGCUGGAAGCGAUCCUACCAAAAAUGAAACGCAACAAUCACGGUCACAUCGUGUUUCUCACCUCGGUGGCCGGCCUUAGCGGAGUCAAACAUCAGACGCCCCUGUCUGUGGCGCAGUUUGCCGUCCAGGGCCUGUUCGAGUCUGUCCUGGAUGAGCUCCGUAUCGAAAAGUUCCUCCGCACCAUCAACAUCUCGUUGGUGCACCUGUAUCCAUUCGUUGUAGCGGACAACUGCCGCAACGAUAUCCGCAUGCGGAUUCCGUCCGCCUUCGGGAUCAUCAGAUCCCAGGAUGCAGCCCACAAGAUUAUCGAUGGUGUUCGACGCAAUCAGCUGGAAAUCAGCAUUCCCAAGUAUUGCCUUCCGAUGUGCCACGUCUUGAAGUUGCUACCACGUCGAGCAACGCUACUGCUUCGCAAUCUGUUCGAUACCGGAGUGGAUUUCUAGUGUACCUUAACGUAGUGGAGAUGUUGCCAGAUGUCGCGGUUGAUAUUUUUGCCAUAUAGUGAUUCUAAUCGUUGGUUGUAUUUUGACAUAUCUCUGUAGAAAUCGACAAGCCUGUUACCUAAGACUUGAAAUACUUGUUGUAAAGUAAGAAAACUUGUACAUCUAAAUAGGACACUUUCGGAUCCCAUUUGUAGGGGACAAAAUCCAGUGGUUAAUUUGACUAAAUAAAGUUACUAUGUAUUGAAAAGA